AUGAAAGCAGCCGACGAAAAUACCUACCAUUUAGCAUGGAAGCGCGGAGGGAACAUCGCCCAGGUGACAUGGGUCGGCCAAAAUACAAUGGCCUGGUGUUCGGGAUUGAACCUCGUGUUUCUCGACGUACCCACCAAUCGAGUGCAAAUACCCAGAUUUCCCGAGAAAAUCACCAAAGACGGAGUGGGAUCUAUUUCGGGCCAUCACACGUAAUUACCUCGUUGAUCUAUGCCAAGAAUCAAAUGUAUUUCACUCAUCUGUCAUCGUUUCAGUUAUCAAAUGUUCGCGUACACAGAUCUGCAUUUGAAACCUCGAAUUCAUAUCUACUCUUACCCGUCGAUGACGAAGAUAAGCGAAUGCGUCGGUGGAUCCAUGUGGACUUACCUGGUGACGGAAUUUUGCGGUGACUAUCUCGUCUCUUGGAGCUCAGCGCCAGACUUCAAACUCUGCUUCUGGUCAUGGAGGACUGGCCAGAGAAUCACCUCCGUAGAUUCGAUUCUGCACGAGUCCAACGCCUUUGAUCUAGUACUAAGAGCGAGUUACUUCACUCCCAAUUUUCUGAUUCAGGUGGGAAAAUCGUCCGGACGAUUGUUGAUCUGGGAACGGAUGAUCUGCAAGGGCAAAUCGAUCGUGAACCACAGGGAAAUUUUUCUACCGAAGAAGCCACCCAUCAAGCACGCGUCCUGGCAGCCCGGAGCCAAUAAGAACGCCUUCGCCUUGAUCGAUCACGAGGGCCACAUCUUCUUGUCCGACACGCUGACCUUCGAAAUAACUCGGAUCGUCGAUACGCAACGCUGCGCCGACUGUCCCAACAACGCCCUGCCGAGCAUCACCUGGUUUCGCGGCGGUAUCGUGCUGCGCACCACCUGCUGCGACCUACGAUUCUACAGCAGGAAGGAUCCUCGCGAGCCCUCGUCGCCGUGGAUCAGCGUUUGGUCGGAAAAAGUGUCCUACCGUCCUCGACUGCUAACCUCCUAUCCGUUUCAGAACGACAAGCUGUUCUUCGUGACGGAGGAGGGUCACCUCUACUACGUUCACAUACAGGAGAACGGCCAACCCGCGUUCGAGCUCAUGCACUUCUUCGGUGGCCACUAUCAUUUCAUGAGUAUCGUCCAUCCGUGGGUCGAGACGGUACUAGCCAUCGACGAGACAAUGGAUCUGUCGGUGAUAGAGGCCCACGGCGGUUUAGAAAUCGCUCGGAUGAAAUUGCCCUUGGAGGGAAGAAUCAUGUGCUUCCAGUGCCAUCCACACUUUCCUUUACUGGUGGUGACUUCGGACUGCGGCGAAGUGAUGUUCGUCAGCAUGCUUCAUUACCUCGAACCAGUGAUCUUGGGCAAAUUGAAACUGCAGAAAGGAAAAUUGGACUUGUUGAAGUACUCCCAGUCUGGAAGAUUUGUGGCGGUGUGUCAUAGAGAAGAGGGCGUUUGCUACUUCUUGAAAGUUUCGCUCGAUAAGCCAAUCGAUGUGGCGAGUCGCUUCGUAGUACCCGUAAAGAUAACCGACGUCUUAUUGUACGACACCGAUUCUCACUUGAGGCUCUACGCUCUUGACUGCUCUUCAACGAAUCUGUGGAUCGGGCACCGAUUGCUUUACUACGAUCUUCCAGAACACCACCCGGAAAGCAAAAGAGCCUCGGCUGCCUGGAGAUACACGCGAUUCUAUCAAAAAUUGUUCUAUAUGCCAGGAGAGCCUACUUCAAUAAUCUCAACAUCCUAUUUGACGAGAAAAUUGAUAAUAGAGAAAUUGAACGAUUGGAGAGAACUAGUGUGUACAGAUAUAAUGUCUAAUAGCCACAGUCUGAAGCAAGUGAAUCUUUGGGCAAAUAAGAAAUGCGUAAUCACGUGUUCCAUCGAUGGUAGAGUCAUCAUUCGAACUGGUGAUAUCAGGCAGAAAAAUAAUAUUUCUGUUUUUACUCAUCAUUCAAGAUUGGGAGGGACACAUCAGGCGAUUUCUUCAUAUAACGCCGAUCUUAUAUUUGCUUUAGGUAGGGAUGGUUCCUUGGCGGCUAUGAGACGAGGCGAGCCUGACGUCAGUCCCCAAGAUCUCUCGCCGAAGCUUUAUACAACUUUUUUCUCUAUCAUUCAUAUCCACAGAGAUAGUGCUCUCCUCAAGUUAUUGGACCAAGAAGUUGUAAAGUUUUUGGAGGAAUCCUCCAAGGCAAUAGCCCACCAUGAGAACUCGGAAGGUUUGACUUGGUUACAGUGGAAGCAACAGCAAAAUUUAGAAGAAGAAAGGUUGCGAUAUGCACAUGAAAGAGGAGCAGUAUUGGCGACUUUCAUGGAUUUGAAGAGCCAAAUCGUAAAUUUAUUAAACGCAAACGAAAAGAUGGACGAGCUUUAUAAGUUGCCGAUCUCGGCUUUCGAUCUGGACAAACGUUUUAGAGACAAAACCAUCAAAGUAGCCAAAGACGAACGAGAAGAAGUGAAACUCAGAUUGGAGCGAAGCUGCUAUGAACGCGAUCGAAUAUCCGACCACAUCCAAUCGGAAUACUGGAACCAUCAGGUUGUUCUGGGACGGUCAAUUUUCGGCAUUUUUAAACAGCUCGAAGUUACGAAUUACGUCGUGGGUAUCGAUCAGAAAGAGAAGGAGGAGCUUGUCGAAUUCUAUAAGUUCGGGCGCAUAGUGAAUUUGGAGGUGACAGGGGCCAGAGAGAAAGAUGUUUUUGAUUUGCUUAUAGACCCAAAUACCGUCGAUCCAGCGGAUAAACAAUCUGUGAAACAGGACGCCAAAAGUAUAGCUGGACAGUCAGAUUUCAAAUCCGUGGCUGACACCAUUUUUCCUGCUGAAGUCAGUGACGAUUCCGACGCAAGAAGGACAACGCAUCGUUUCAUUGAACCGUACUCUCCGUAUUAUCCGCAAUGUGCUGUCUAUUCGUAUCCUCAGAUUAAGAGCGGACAGCAAACCAUGUCCAUGGACAUGCAUAAUCUGCGUCUGCACUUCAAUGAAAAAUUCAACGAACUUUACGCGGUGAAAGAACGAGAAAUGGUCGUCGUGUACGAAAUGAUCGACCGUAUUUUUUUCAUACUCUCUGAGCUGAAAACCAUGUUUGGUAUAACUAUCGAGGGCUCUUACGAGUAUCCCGAAUGGCUGGCCAAAGAAAAGCCCGAGAGAAUUAUCGAAGUGAAGGACUCGGAGAUUUCGGCGCAGGUCUACGUUUCUAAUUCGUAUCAAGAGCUUAUGAGGAGCAAGGCAUAAGAAGAGGAUAAAAUGCGUCGAGCGAAGUUGGCCGAUAACUAUCGAGAUCGUGCGUUGCAGCGAAUGAUGGACGGUGUAUUGGAGGUAAAAUGGGAGGAUCUCAUCAAGCAUGAUCCACCCGAACCAGAAUGUAAGAGGAUAGGAAAAAGACCAGAGGAGUACACCAACGACGAUAAACUUGCCAUUAAACAGUACGAGCAGGAACUAGAACGCUUGACGAACGAAAGACUCAAGUACAAAAAUAUUUUACUCACCGAUUACGAGACUAUCCAAACUACCCUGAAGAACAGCAUCGAAAGGUUCAAUAAGCGCCUUGGACAACUUCAUUUGAUGAGAAUGAAAGUGCAAGCUGCGGUACAGCAGUUGAAUUUAGUAAUCUGCAGGCAAAUCACUAGAUACAAAGGAUUCAUAAAAUCAUUGGACCAGGUGGAAGAAAUGAAGGUGCGAGUAAAAGAGAAGUACGACAAAUUGAGUGUAUUCUCCACCGAAAUAAAGUUCCUCGACGCCCUGGAACAACAACUCCGAGACCAAUUGGAAGAGUUACUAGCCAAAGAUAAAAUAAUCGAAAAACGAUUUAGAGCUGACUUGACGGGCGUCAGUAAAAACGUUCAAAUGGCCAUGUUGUCGCAGUUCAGGAAGACUCCGCGAACGAUUCUGAAAACUAGAUCGUCUUCCGAGGUGUACGACCUAUCUGAAUCUAUACUCGUGGAUCAAAAAAAGCCGUACUUGACAAACGAGUGUCGAGAGUAUUUAAAAAAUUUAAAUUUCAUGGAUCAUUGUCCUGUGACGCUUGCAGGUACGAUCGAGCCUGCUCAAUGGAAAACAGUCAUUGAGCAAGAUCUGAAAAAACGAUCUCUAAAUCACGACCUCGAUUACGUGGGAUUCGCCUUGGACAAACGAACUCGACUCAUGGACGAACUGAACAAAGAGAUCGAAGAUAUGAGACAUGAAAUUAACAGGCGCCGUAUUGAAAUUAGAGAGGGAAUGAUUGACUCACCUUUGCAACUGGUCCUUAAAGUCGGUCAAAUCGAGCUCGCUGACGCCAAGGGAGAGGUUGGUGAUUCAGAGAAUGCAGUUAUGGUGCCAAAGUGUCAAAUAGACACGGUCAACGAAGCCAUUAUUGCCGUGGGCCGUCAAAAAGUUCGAUGGAUCGAUCAAUGUAUGAAAUUUGAAAAGAACAUCGUUUACGAGCAGUGGGUGGAUCGCUGCUUGAGGACAGAGUUGAAAUUCGCCAAUGAAGAGCUUUACUACGCGAAGGUGGCUAUGGUAACGAGAAAAAUUCGAGAAUACAUCGCAGGAAUUUCAAAGGAUUUGCAUUCAGACGACAUACUACAUCAUUUGACGAGGCACAUUCAAGCGACGAAAAACAAGGAAGAAAAACUUUUGCACGACUGGCGGAUAAAAUUACACGAUGUCCUCGAUGAAAUAACUAUUUUACAAGACAAAAAUCAGAAGGUCGAUCAUCGCAUCGAGCAUCUGAACGUCGAUCGUUGGGAGAUGGAAUUGAAACGCGACGUUGUAGGCGAGGCAAGGCAAGAAAAUUUCAAAGAGGACCUUUUCAAAAUUCUCGCUAAAAGGUCGGCUCUCGUUCGAAAACUUGUCAACAAUCAUCAAGCGAUUUUAGAAUUACGAGAAAAACAGAGGCUCGUAAAUGCCGACCCAAUGUCUGAUAAUGAAGAAAAGCCUACUAAAUAA